AUGGAUAAAAGAUCCCUCGAACCUAUUUUUCAGCUGGAAGAGUUCUCGGGUUUACAUCCACAAGCUAUGGAGAACAUUCUGGGUUCCUUGAGGUACCUGCUUUCGCUGAACACUCCAUCGAUAACAUUAAUCGUCACAACAUUUAUUCGUGCGCAGUAUACAUCCCAGAAUCACACACCAGCGAUCCGACAAUGGAUCGCAACUCAAGCGAUCCCGACACCCUUGGCACUUCUAGAAAAAAUGUUAAAAUACUGCAUCUCUGAGGCAUGGAGGAAUACAGACGACGCACCAUAUACUUCGCUUGCUUUACGAAAGGAUAUUCCUCUAAAUUUGAAUCAACAGAGUGUGCACCGGGCGCUAGAUAUGGCUAGACGGUGUGACACUGACUAUUCAGCACUACAAAGCGCUUUUGGAAAAGUUAGGACGACAAUGGGAAACGGUGGAUGGAAUAGAUGGGUGGAUGGCGCUAGAAGCGUUGGGUCCAUCAGGGAGAGCGAUCUUGAGGUUAUGAAUGAUUUGGCGGGGAGGAUAUUUGCUGAAAACGAUCCAGUGGAGAUUCCGGUUCUUUAUAUAAGACUCGCGUAUCUUUUGGCCUCAAAUGGAGGUGCUGCUUCCUAUGCAGGGUUAAAAUAUACGGGUUCUCCGUAUGCAAUUUUGGCAGAAUACUUCGACAGUGUGAUUUCGAGGAAGCUCGAGGUAUUUUAUGGGACAACAACGCAAUCGAGGGCUACUCCGGGGCCUUGGAUGGAACAGCAUGAGAAAGAUAAAAGGAUGAUUUCGAUAUUAGCAAACCGGCAGACGGAUUGGGAUGCCAUUUACCGGACAUUACAGACAUCGACAGUAAGGGGGAUGGCAAGCGGAAUAUGA